CGCUGCAAGCUCUAAGACCCUAGGUAUCCGAGAACCUUUAGGGGACAAGGAGAGCGCCUCCUUGUCCCGCCCCUUAGCCGGUUCAGCUCACACCACCAUGGCUCCUGUGUCGGGCUCGCGUAGCCCUGUACGGGAGGCCUCCGGGGGAAAGCGUCGCAGUUCGUCGAGGAGCCCCAAAUCCAUCAAAUCUUCCCGCUCCCCGCGAUGUCGCCGGUCUCGCUCGCGCUCUUGUUCUCGGUUCGGUGACCGGAAUGGCCUCAGCCAUUCGCUGAGUGGCUUCAGCCAAAGCUCUCGAAACCAAUCUUAUCGCUCCCGCUCUCGAUCGCGUUCUCGAGAACGGCCUUCUGCACAGCGGAGUGCCCCGUUCGCGUCUUCAUCCUCGUCCGCCUAUUAUGGCGGCUACUCGCGUCCCUACGGGGGUGACAAGCCAUGGCCUAGCCUGCUGGACAAGGAAAGGGAGGAGAGUCUGCGGCAGAAGAGAUUAAGUGAAAGAGAGAGGAUUGGAGAAUUGGGAGCUCCUGAAGUUUGGGGACUUUCCCCAAAGAAUCCUGAACCAGACUCUGAUGAACAUACACCAGUAGAGGAUGAAGAACCAAAGAAAAGCACUACUUCAGCAUCUAGUUCGGAAGAUGAUAAGAAGAAGAAAAGGAAAUCUAGUCGUUCAAAAGAAAGAGCCAAGAAAAAGAGAAAGAAAAAGUCAUCUAAAAGAAAACAUAAGAAGUAUUCUGAAGAUAGCGACAGUGACUCAGAGUCUGACACCGACUCUAGUGAUGAAGAUUCAAAAAGAAGAGCAAAGAAAGCUAAGAAAAAGGAAAAGAAGAAGAAACGAAGAGGGAAGAAAUACAAGAAAAAGAAGUCUAAGAAAAACAGAAAGGAGUCCAGUGAUUCAAGCUCUAAAGAGUCCCAAGAAGAAUUUCUAGAGAAUCCGUGGAAGGAUCGAUCAAAGACAGAAGAACCAUCAGAUCUGAUUGGCCCAGAGGCUCCCAAAACACUUGCCUCCCAAGAUGAUAAGCCCUUGAACUAUGGCCACGCCCUGUUACCUGGUGAAGGUGCAGCUAUGGCUGAAUAUGUAAAAGCUGGCAAGCGUAUCCCGAGAAGAGGUGAAAUCGGCUUAACAAGUGAAGAGAUCGCAUCAUUCGAAUGUUCCGGUUAUGUAAUGAGCGGCAGCAGGCAUCGCCGAAUGGAGGCUGUCCGACUUCGGAAAGAGAACCAGAUCUACAGUGCCGAUGAGAAGAGAGCCCUUGCCUCCUUUAACCAAGAAGAAAGACGGAAGAGGGAGAACAAGAUUCUGGCCAGCUUUCGCGAGAUGGUGUACAGAAAGACCAAAGGGAAGGAUGACAAGUGAGGGCUCUCUGACUUUGCAAGUGGACAUUUUAACAUCAAAAAGGAAAUGUGGGUUCUAGACAUAAAUACAAAAAGCUUAUUGUUU